GUUACUUGAAAAAAUGAGUAAAACGGCCUUGAUCGAAGUGGAUCGCUUUGUGUUCCUGGCCUUUGAUGCUGAUGUCAGCCAGAGAUUCAUUCAGUCUUCUCCGUAUACAGAAAAGGAACACUUUCUUGACUUAGAAACCCUCAGCUAUGAGCAUCGAGUCCUUGCUUUGGCACUACAAUCAUUCCAGGUUACAAGUGAGGAUUAUGCCACUGGUGGAUAUUUUGACUCCUUUAAUAUUGAAGAUGUGGUUCGUGAGGCGCGAGCCAUCGCUGCGAGGUUGGGGAAACCUUUGCAGCCAUUUUCGGUGUACAUAGUCGCAUUCAGGUCCAAGUUAUUUGAUAACGUAAGAGUAUCGGCCGAGAAACGAGCGACUCUUGGAGACAUCGAUAAAGAUUCCCAUUUGGAGGCCAAUAUCUCGGGAGGCCUUUUAAAGUACUUUUUUGGAGUCCCAGACCAAGACGGUAAUAACCUUGCAACAUGCUGGUGGGUAGAUAAGGAUUAUGCUCAAAGAGGUGGAGGCGGUAAGGCUCAUCGUAACGGUGUCAAAGUUGUUCGUAGUUGGUACCAAAAAUGGCAAAUAGAAGAAUACGUAUUGAAUGUGGCAGAAAGUUUAAUUAGUUUUGGACUGUACAAUUCGUAAUAGAUAUAUUUUUGAGGC